CCUGCCUCCGGCCUGCAUCCCACCGUUGCCAGGCAGCCCUCCUUGCCUGCCCGCCUGACAUGGAGGGGCACCGCUGGUUGCCCCUGGAGGCCAACCCCGAGGUGACCAACCAGUUCCUUAAACAACUUGGUUUAUAUCCAAACUGGCAGUUUGUGGAUGUGUAUGGGAUGGAUCCAGAGCUCCUGAGCAUGGUGCCAAGACCUGUCUGUGCAGUCUUACUUCUCUUCCCAAUUACGGAAAAGUAUGAAGUGUUCAGAACAGAAGAGGAGGAGAAAAUAAAAUCUAAAGGACAGGAUGUCACAUCAUCAGUCUAUUUUAUGAAGCAAACCAUCAGUAAUGCCUGUGGAACAAUUGGGCUAAUUCAUGCAAUCGCUAAUAAUAGAGACAAAAUGAACUUUGAAUCUGACUCAACCCUGAAAAAAUUCUUGGAGGAAUCUAUAUCUAUGAGUCCCGAAGAAAGAGCCAAAUACCUAGAAAAAUAUGAAGCUAUUCGAGUUACUCACGAGUCCAGUGCCCACGAAGGCCAAACAGAGGCACCAAAUAUAGAUGAGAAAGUAGAUCUGCAUUUUAUUGCAUUAGUUCACGUAGAAGGUCAUCUCUAUGAAUUAGAUGGACGCAAACCUUUUCCAAUAAACCAUGGGGAAACUAGUGAUGACACUUUAUUAGAAGAUGCGAUAGAAGUUUGCAAGAAGUUCAUGGAACGUGACCCAGAGGAAUUACGAUUUAACGCAAUAGCUCUAUCUGCUGCAUAACUCCUCCCUGGUGCAAACACCGCUAUUGUAUUAUUAUUUGUAACAAAACUAAAAUUCCUACCAGGUACUAAUGCUAAAAAUUUUGAUAUUUUCACGACCUUGUUGACCAGUUCUAGUUUACAUGGAUUAAACUUAGAAUUAAUCCUUA